AUGCCUGCGCUGCCAUCCUCUGCCGCGCCGAGGAUCAUAUCCCGCGCCCUACGCUCAUCACGACACUCGCCGCGCUGGACACGCCAGCUCAGCACACACACCGCAGGAAGAUCACCGUCUCUACUAAGACCAGGUUUUCACAUCAAUGUGCCCUCGCGACCGGUGGUCCCCCGGCGCAGCGCUCUACCAAGCCUUGGCAUCGGCGGCACCCGGAGCAUCUUCAUCCAGACUGAAAACACGCCGAACCCAGACGCUCUCAAGUUCCUGCCCAACCACCGCGUUGUUCCCGAAGAGAUCAACACCCCGUUCAUCGAAUACCUGAACCCCCGAUCGACCAUCUCACCACCGUAUCCGUCCCCCCUCGCCGCCAAGCUCAUGAACAUCGAUGGCAUCACAUCCGUCUUCUAUGGCGCAGACUUCAUUACCGUCACCAAGGCAGGAGAUGCGAACUGGGCCCAUGUCCGACCGGAGAUCUUUGCCUUGAUUACCGAGGCAAUUACCUCAGGCGAGACCAUUGUCAGUAUCGCCGAGCGGAAGGAGGGUGACGAGGACAUCGAAGAGGAUAGCUUGGCAUACAACGAAAAUGACAGUGAGGUUGUGGGUAUGAUCAAGGAGUUAUUGGAGACGAGGAUUAGACCUGCUAUCCAGGAGGACGGCGGAGACAUCGAGUUCAGAGGAUUUGAUGACGGUUAUGUCAAGUUAAAGCUGCGCGGGGCGUGUAGAACCUGUGAUUCGAGUACGGUUACGCUCAAGAAUGGCAUCGAGGGCAUGUUGAUGCACUACAUCGAGGAAGUAAAGGGCGUUCAUCAAAUUCUGGACCAAGAGGAAGAAAUUGCCAUGGAAGAGUUUGCCAAGUUUGAAGAGAAGCUAAAGCACCAAAAGGCUGCGCAAUGA